AAGGGAUGUCGAUUUCUCCCGGAGUACGUGCAUGGAGGGGUACAUUCCAACCAUUUUUCAAUGCCAUCGCACGGGCGGCGGCAUUGUCGUACUCAAAUGCCGCAGCUAUGUCAAGGUGGGAUGAUGCCUGCCAUAACUAGAUAGUUUCUCAAAGUUAAUUCACUCUCGAUACAAAGAAUGUCGAGCGAGGUCGAAAAUUGCGUGACCAUGACAAAUUCAAUCCUAAAUAGAUUUCUUCUGGUAGAUCUACACAAUUUCCUCAUUUUUGCAAGAACAACAGAGUUCUGAAUUGGAAGCAAUUGCAGUUUAGCUACCGAGGCAUCCAUGGUUCUGAAAACGAGACUAGCUAUUUCCGGAAAUACACUAGCCGCAAUGUGGGGAUGAUCUGCACGUGACACCAACGUCAUGAUCGUGAAACGUAGCUUCCCCAACCGGAUUUCCAGGUACCACUUGUGACUCUCAAACUCUCAACAUCUUCGUUGGUGUAUUCAUAAUGUGUUGAACAUGACCACUGAGAAGAAACCUGCAGUGUACGACCCUUACGAUCCGGCCUGUCUCCCUGACUACGACCGCGACUUCAUUCAACCCGAUGAACUCGACCGAUUCGAGAGGGCGCUGAAUGCCCCAGAAGCCUCCCCAUUGACAGCCAUCAACGACUGGCGCCCAAUAAAUCAACGAGUCCGCAAGAGUCGUGGCCGCCGCGAAACACCAAAGCGAAGCAAAGAUGAAACAAGGGAAGGCGUACUAUAUACGGUUUUGAAAUGGCCUUUUCUCUUCAUUGUAUUCGCAUGGCUCAUAGUACUGAGCUUUGGCUAUGCCCUGGUGCGCGUCUACAUAUUCUUGUACGAGCAGUGGGUGACAUGGCGGGGGAAGAGGGAAAGGCUGCGCCAAGAGCUAUGGGCACAGAAAAACUAUCCGGACUGGUUGAAAGCGGCUCGGGCGUUGGACGUCCAUCUCGGAACCGAACAGUGGAAAAAGACAGACGAAUACGCUUACUACGACCAUCUCACUGUCAACAAAGUGGUGUCGCAGCUGAAAAAGCUGAGGAAGGAUACGGAAUGGGAAAUGGGAAAUGGUCGGGUCGGCUCCAGCGAGGUACCUGCUAUUGAAGAUCUCCGGGCACUUUUGGAGGCUUGCGUCAAGAACAACUUUGCCGGUGUGGAAAAUCCUCGGAUAUACAGCGAGACCUAUUCGGGCACCAAAGAGCUGGUUCAGGAAUACAUCGACGAGGUGCACGCAUGCAUACAGAUCGUUUUGGACAAUAAGCAGAUUGACAAGGAUGCCAAGUAUCACCUUUUCAAACACCUCGAUACGAACUUCGGACGCACCGCUCUUUGUCUUUCGGGUGGGGCUACAUUCGCCUAUUACCACUUCGGGGUUGUAAGAGCGCUGCUGGAUAAUGAUGUCCUCCCAGAAAUCAUAACUGGCACGUCAGGCGGAGCACUGGUGGCGGGACUAGUUGCGACUCGGACAGAUGAUGAGCUGAAGCAGCUGCUCGUUCCAGCUUUAGCACAUCGGAUUCGCGCAUGCCACGAAGGGCUGGCAACUUGGAUCCAUCGCUGGUGGCGAACUGGUGCUCGGUUCGAUACUAUGGAUUGGGCUCGGCAGUGCGCCUGGUUCUGCAGGGGCUCAACGACCUUUCGCGAAGCUUACGAACGGACCGGGCGCAUUUUGAAUGUCACCUGCGUGCCCUCGGAUCCUCACUCGCCGACUAUCCUAGCCAAUUAUCUGACAUGCCCCGAUUGCGUCAUAUGGAGUGCCGUGCUUGCUUCGGCGGCUGUUCCAGGCAUUUUAAACCCUGUUGUAUUAAUGACUAAAAAGCGUGAUGGCACUCUCGCGCCUUAUUCGUUUGGUCACAAAUGGAAGGAUGGUAGCCUGCGGACUGAUAUACCUAUCAAAGCGUUGAACCUGCAUUUCAACGUCAACUUUACGAUCGUAUCCCAGGUUAACCCCCACAUCAACCUCUUCUUCUUUAGCUCUAGAGGGACAGUAGGGCGACCAGUCACACACCGCAGGGGCCGUGGUUGGCGCGGCGGCUUCCUCGGCACUGCGAUCGAGCAGUACAUCAAAUUAGACCUCAAUAAAUGGCUUCGAGUUCUUCGGCAUUUAGAGCUCCUCCCACGGCCUAUGGGCCAAGACUGGAGCGAGAUCUGGUUGCAAAAGUUCAGUGGCACUGUGACUAUUUGGCCAAAAUCCAUUCCCUCCGAUUUCAUCCACAUUCUUUCUGAUCCUACCCCCGAAAGGCUCGCCCGCAUGAUACAUGUCGGCCAGCAAAGCACUUUCUCCAAGAUUCAAUUCAUCCAAAAUCGGCUUAAGGUUGAGAAUGCAAUCAUGAAAGGACUCCAAGAGUCCAGGACGGGUGGACGUGCGCUCUCCCCGAUCCUCUCUCGUCGGGUCCGCAACCGAGAAAAUGAACAUCCAGACUCGAUGGUCGAGCGUUUAGAUGACAACCUCCCCGAGCGCGAUGGGUCUAGCUACAAGAGCGAGUCGCGUUUUGGUGAUUUUUCAGAUACCAUGUCCCAAUCCACCGGUUCGUCACGUCCUCAGACCCCAAGUUCCCGGCGGGGAAGCGUGAUCGAGGAAAUAAGGCGCCAGUCUGCCGUUUUCUUUGACGAUGCAGACUACUAUCGGGACGAAGACGCCGUGGUCAUCUGAGAAAAAUACAGGCGGCUCGAGCGGCUCCAUCAAAGUUUAUGGCUCAGACUAGGGUCUUUCUGCUUCGGGGCACCUGCAGCCCUAUCUUUCGUCAUGAUACUUCCCGCUACUUUGGAUAUCCAAUCUCCAGUAUGACAGGCGGCUCUUGUGGGUAUUUGCGGGCACUUUCGGACAAUAUAUCCGUUAUCCUCCAAAUGUUGUCUUUGCUUUUUUGUUCCCGCUUACCCCCCUUCAUCAGCAUAGCAAGGUGUCUUCUGUCUUAUUGGUAUGCAUUUGAUCGUUUUUGGCUUCGCCUGUUAUUUGGGUCCGUUGGCUUGAUCACAUAUUUCGUCGUUUCUUUCUUCUUUUUCUUAUCAAAAAUGGGCUACACUGUGUACAUAGACAGCUUCAAGUGUACGAAUACUAGGUUUCGGGAAAUAUAUAUUCU